UGACCCUCAGAAAACUGCAUACCGCCAUGGUCAUGCGAUGCUGGCGUGGACGCCGUGGUGGACGCCGUGGUGAUCAGCGAGUGUCAUACUCUGAGACCAGGACGUUCAAGGGCGUCAAUCAACAGGAUGUGGAGAACUUCGUGACAGAGAAGCUGGGUGGCCAGCUGAAACUUGCCGGUACGGGCAGAAGUGGAGCUCUUUCGUACCACCUUCCGAAGCAACAUGGGAGUGUGAAGCUCGCCAGCGGCCGCUUCGGGAGGACAUGGACACGGGGUAGCAUCAUGUACUAUCCCAAGACCGGAACUAUGCAGAUCAGGACGCCUGCGGCGAAGGCAAAGGUGAACAUCCUGGAGGUGUGGACCAAAUAUCAAGAGGCGCUGGCACAGUGAUCGAGGUCAAGGAACCAGGGAGGCUGUGGGUAACCAAAGUGAUCAAAUCAGCCUUUGGGCCAUAGCAUGCCAUAGCCAACGGCCAACCUCCAGAGGCUUGCACAGUGGCCUGCGCAAAGUGAAGGCUAAAAAGGAUUAGUUCGUGCAUCCGGCGUGGUUGUUUCGAGGAUGCUCCAACCCACCAGGGUACCU